GAUAUUGUUUUCACUCUUUCCUGCGUCGUCGGUUCGCCGAUCAAGAAUUCGACGGAUUGUGGCGAGUGCGAAGAUGUUGGGCGCGGCGGGAAGGCGAAUUCUUGGAUUAGGGCUGGGGAAACGGGCGCCGGGGGCGGUGACGGCGGCGGCCUCGCGGGGAUACCACGAGAGGGUGGUGGACCACUACGAGAACCCUCGGAACGUCGGAUCCUUCGACAAGAGUGAUCCUUCGGUGGGGACGGGUCUUGUCGGCGCGCCGGCGUGUGGCGACGUGAUGAAGCUGCAGAUCAAGGUCGACGAUGAUACUGGAAAGAUCGUCGAUGCCUGCUUCAAGACCUUUGGUUGCGGCUCGGCCAUCGCGUCAUCUUCUGUUGCAACAGAAUGGGUGAAAGGAAAACAUAUGGAAGACGUGUUAUCCAUCAAAAAUACAGAAAUUGCCAAACACCUUUCACUUCCACCGGUGAAGCUUCACUGCAGCAUGCUCGCUGAAGAUGCAAUCAAAGCUGCUGUGAAAGACUACAAAGCAAAAAAUUCCAAGGCAACUGGAAAGGCUGAGACAGUGCAAACUGACAAAGUUGAGAAUACCUAAAAAGAUGACCUACUUGGAAGAACAUGCAUACAAUUAUUUUACCGAGUUGUAUAACUUGUGCCCAGUUUGCUAUCACAUGCCUAUGUCGGUACAAACCCAUCCUAGAAAGAUUGAUUUGAUGCAUACCUGUCCUGAUACCUUCUUGGUUAGGAUGCCAUUUUCCACUGUGAUCAUGUUCUUCAAAAAUAAGCUAUGGUGAUAUGGACAUGUUGAAGAUGUUAUAUCUAGGAUUUGUGAUUGUUUGUGUGCUUA